GUGAUGUGGUAUUGGAGUACCCUUACGCUGAGGCCCAGGAGGGCUUGAGAUGGGUCGCCAAUCGAACUAUUGUGCCUCCCUUAAGCGAGUGUUGGGCACGCUGGUAAGUAUCCUGGAAGUUGCCGCAUGACACUGGCGAUGACGUCACUAACUCGUGCCGCGCUGUGUAGGUGGAACGCAGACGCGAGGCAGAUGGAACGUAUAGAGCAGUGGAACGCAGGGUGUCACAUCCGGAAGGCUGGUUCUUAGGCCGGCGGUAAUGGCGGCAUGUAGCCGCUCCCGGGUCUACUUCUGCUGCAAGUACACAAGUGAAGCGCUCCAUCUCUGCAUGUAAGUACGCAUCUUUAUGAUGCUGUUAGAUAUUGUUCUUUUGUAUCUGACACGGAGGCUCUCUUUUUAUUAUUGUUUCAGCAAUGGCUGACCCUGCUCCAGAGAAAGUGGAAAAAGGGAAAACUAAAGAAAAGACUAAAUGUAAAGAGUUUGAGUCCCCUAAAGGGGAAAAAGGAGUUAAAAAAAGCCAUCUUUAAUCUCCUGCUUGGGCUGUGAAGUCAAAUUCAGUUCCUUAGAAGCGGAAAAGUUAUGUUGUACCUGUAAAGAAAAGCUCAAAAACCCUAUUAACCCCUCAGGUGGUGCUGAUGAGUUUGUAUCCUGGAUGAAGGGGGCUAUGCUUCAGGCAUUUGAAUCAUUCAAUCAGCAGAAGCCUAAAGAAUCUCUGCAAGCUGAUGGGUCUCUUUAUGAAGAUCUUUAUGAAGGUCUUCUGAUUCUUCCCUUGGGGAAGGAACUUCAAAGUGUAAAUUUGAUUCUGACUCUGAGGAAGGAGAAAUUUCAGAUUUGGAGGAAUUUUUUCCUGUAGAUGACAUCUACAGGCUGGAAGAGUCUUCUGAGCCUCCCAAAAAAUCAAGUAAAUUAUUUGCUAACAUAGGUAAACGCAAAGCAUCUUUUCCAGUUGAUGAGGUUAUUAAAAAUAAAAUCCUAAAUCAGUGGGCAAUAUUGGAUAGAAAAUGGGGCCUGCAAAAGAAAUUUAAUUUACUUUUUCCCUUUGAUGUUUGAUGAAGAUGCAAAGUUUUGGGAUACAGCUCCUAAACUAGAUCCUCCAGUACUGGCCUCAAGGAUAGAAAGGCAGAAGGAGCUUUAAGGAAGGCUUAACUGGCAGCCGCAGCUGGGUUUAAACCAGUAAUAGCAGCAGCAUCAUUAGCUUGGUCACUAAAAGUUUGGAUUAUGCAGUUAGAGAAGGCCUUAAAGAAAGGUAUUUCAAGAGAAAAUCUUUUAUCGGAUCUUCCCAUGUUGAUGUCUGCAUCAGACUUCUUAACCGAAGCAGCCUUAGCCUCAGUUGAUAUAUUGACAAAAACAACUUCUUUUACCACUACUGCUAGAAGAGCUUUAUGGCUAAAACCUUGGAGAGCUGAUAAUGCAUCUAAAAAUCGUCUUCUUAACCUACCCCUUUUAAAGGGGAAAAACUUUUUGGAUCAGAACUCGAAAUGCUAGUGGAGAAAAAGUCAGAUGAUAAGGUGAGAAGUCUACCUCAGGAUAAAAGAUCUUUUAAGCGUCCUUUUUUUCGAGGCUCAAGAACCUCUUAUGGAUUUAGACAAGACUGGAAAACCAGAAAAACGUCUAAAGAUAGAACCUUUGGACAGUCCAAAAGAAAAAACUUCAAACUACAAUACAAAACAUCAGAAGUUUUUCUCUCUAACAGCUGGACAGGGGGAAGAGGCAGUAGAUGCUAUGGCCCCACCAUGGCACUUCACCCGAGCUUAUGUGUUUUCACCAAUUCCAAUGAUGGCAAGAGUGGUCAAGAAAAUUGCUCUUUGUUCUUUGGAAGUAAUUCUGAUUGCUCCCGCCUGGCCCAGGAGAAAUUGGUACUCCGAUCUCCUCCAAUUAUCUAUAAGUCCACCUUGGCAUCUCCUAGUAAAGGAGAAUCUUCUCUCCCAAGGUCUAAUUCCAGCAGCCUUAAAUCUCACAGCUUGGAGACUGAAAGGGAUGUAAUGAGAUCACAGGGAGUUUCUUCUCCAGUUAUUGAGAUCCUAUUACAAAGUAGAAAGAAGAGUUCAUCCUUUUCGGAGAUCACACCUGUUAUCUCUUUUUGUGGCAUUAACAAGGGCAAAGUCGCUUCAAAAAUUGCCAUUGCCAAGUGGAUAAAGCUUGCAAUUUCUAUUGCAUAUUCUUCUUCAGAAAGACCAGUUCCAGUGGAUCUCAGAGCACAUUCUACAAGGGCAGUGUCAGCCUCACAGGCAGAACUUGGAGGUGUUUCAGUGGACCAAAUAUGCAGGACAGCUUCGUGGGCAAGUUUCAAGACUUUUGCAGAACAUUACGGUGUAAAUAUGAGUACUCCCGGGAAAGUGGCUUUUGCAAAUACAGUUCUCCUCUCUGGUUGUAAAGUCCCCCCCCCCCCCCCUUGAUUACUGCUACUCUCUAAGUAAGUGCUGCCAAGGGACGUGUGGGAAACAAAGAAUUUAUACUCACGUAAAUUCCUUUUCCCUCAUUCCCGAAGGCAGCACAAUAUCCCUCCCUUAGUAAAUAUUUAACAGCAUUGUGUGAUGUUGUGUUUAUUGCUUGAGAAAUCAUUGAAGGUUGGUGUAGGGAAGAGGGUUUUAUGGGUAAAGGGGGCGGAAUAAUUUAUUGGAGUAGGUGGUGUUUUUCCUACCCUAGGUAUGACAUCUCUCUAUUAAGUGAUAAGUGCUGCCUUCGGGACUGAGGGAAAAGGAAUUUACGUGAGUAUAAAUUCUUUGUUUCGCUGCCGCCUGAGGCGAGUUUCCCUGAUGACCUCUGCCGUGGCAAAUGUGAACAAAGAAAAUAUGUUUUGCUUUCAUUUAAAGCACAGCCUUUUCAAAUGAAACAAAUCUAUUAGUUAAUUGAUAUACAAAUUUGAAUUAAAGCAAUACCACUGGCAUCCUGUGAAACUGCUGCACUGACACAUCUACUUAAUGUUAGGAGGGUCUUAUAACACAGAACAAACAUUGUUUUAGUUUUAAUAGCUGAAGUGUCAGCAAUGAAAAUGUCUAUGCAUUUUCAUUUUGUUGUCUCUAUAUGCCACAUACUUUAGCAAUCCUAUGCAUAAUGGGCAUUAUACUUUUAAGAUGGCCCUUAGCAUCUUGAUGACAUGAUGCUGUAAAUGGCAUGCAUUUGGGUGAUUUAUAGACAUGAAAUAAAACCUGCUAGUUUUAGCAGCUUUGCAGGAUGAGAGACACUUGCCCUUCUGAAUGUCAGAGUGUACUUUCCAAAAAUAUGGUUUUUAGGGGUAAACGUAAUGUAUGCUUGUAUCUAAUGUGGUGCUCUGUAUAUGUCAGUCCAUAUUUAGUAUUGCUGGGCUCAGGGCUUUUCAAAUGAUUGUGCCUGUAAUAAAACUUAUUUCUGAUAUAUUACUCUAUGAGUGGAUAGAAGGAUCAGAGAUUCUGUUCUGGAAUUCUUUUCAAUACUUUUACAUUGAUAGCCAGCUUAAAGGGAAAGUUCACCUUAAAAUUAAGGUUUAGUAUGAUGCACAAUAGACUGCUAAAAAGUCUAAACACUGCAUUUGGAUUUCAUUCUUUAUCUGUUAUAUGUUUAAUUAAUCUUGCAUGAGUAAUCACAACAUGUCAGACCUAGCUAUUUUUUACAUAUAACAAAUUUUGAAAAGGUUUGUACUUUUAUUUUAAGCAGCAAUAAAAAGACACAGAAAACUACACAGUGGGGUUGGGCAAACUCUUAGCACUCUUCUAAAAAGUUACAACUUUUUUCUUUGUCCUGCAUAAUUUAUUUUAGCUUUCAUUUGGAAUGAUAAGUAUACUGGGGCCAUUAUACCUGCAGUUGGUGCUAAGCCUCAUUAAUCAUCUUUUGUAAAUCAUCUUUUGUACCUGUCUGCCAUUCAAACCACUACCUGGUAGUAGUGUAAGUCAGACCCUAGUAUCAGGAAAGUUGUGAAAAAACUGUGCAAAGUGCAAACACCACAAAAAGGUACAUCAUACUAACACCAUAAAAAAAUACUAAGGGGCAGAUUUACUAAAACUAGAAUUUUUCUGCCUUAAAACUCACAUAAACACAGAAAAUAAUAAUGGGAUUAACUUCCCCUUGAAAAUGUGUAAAAUAGAAAACAAUAUUCGGAUUAAUCUUCCCUUGAAAGUAUGUGAAAUAGAAAACAAUGAUGCAAUUAACUUCCCCUUGAAAAAUCUGUCAAGGACAGGCUGUC